AUGAACGGCGCAAGCUCGACCAAGCGCAAGGCCCCCUUCCUGGCCGAGGACCGCCCUCAAAAACACCGCUUCCUCGCCCCCAACGGCGGCAUCGACUCGCCCGGCGUCAACACCCCCGACGUCGUGAGGGAGCUCGACGAACACGAUGACCAGGACAUGACCGCAUACUUCCCUGUGCAGGCCGCCGACACGGCCGAAUGGCAGGCUACUGUGGAGAAGGUCAUUAGCAAUGUUGUCUCUAUCCGCUUCUGCCAGACAUGCGCCUUCGAUACCGAUGCCGCCCUGACGAGUGAAGCGACCGGCUUUGUCGUCGACGCCGAGAAAGGUUACAUCCUGACGAACCGUCAUGUUGUCGGCUCGGGUCCCUUCUGGGGAUAUGUCGUGUUCGAUAACCACGAGGAAGUCGACGCCUACCCCGUAUAUCGAGACCCUGUCCACGACUUUGGCAUUUUGCGCUUCGAUCCCAAGGCCAUCAAGUACAUGCCCGUCUCGGCCCUCGAGCUCCGCCCCGAAUUAGCCAAAGUGGGUAUCGAGAUCCGAGUGGUGGGUAACGACGCCGGAGAGAAGCUCAGUAUUCUGUCUGGUGUCAUCAGUCGCCUUGACCGGAAUGCUCCCGAGUACGGCGAAGGAUAUAGCGACUUCAACACAUGCUACUACCAAGCCAACGCCGCAGCGAGUGGCGGUUCUUCCGGCAGUCCCGUCGUGAACAUCGAUGGCCAUGCUAUUGCACUUCAAGCAGGAGGACGGUCCGACGGCGCGUCCACAGACUACUUCCUGCCGUUGGACCGACCUCUUCGAGCCCUGCGUUGUAUUCAGCAAGGCAAGCCCGUUGAGCGUGGCACUAUCCAGUGCCAAUUCCUGAUGAAGCCGUUCGACGAGUGCCGUCGCCUCGGCCUGACGUCAGACUACGAAGCUGCUGUUCGCAAGAGGUUUUCCAAGGCCACCAACAUGUUGGUCGCCGAGAUCGUUCUGCCCGAAGGCCCUUCUCACCUCAAGAUCGAAGAGGGUGACGUCCUGAUCAAGGUCAACGGAGAACUGCUCGCCGAAUUUAUUCCCCUGGACGACAUACUUGAUUCCAACGUUGGCAAGACGAUUCGAAUGACUCUACAACGUGGCGGUGAGGACGUGGAAGUCGAGCUUGAAGUCGGUGACCUCCACAAGAUCACACCCGACCGCUUCGUCUCCGUUGCUGGGGCGAGUUUCCACAGCCUGUCCUACCAGCAAGCCCGCCUAUACGGUGUCGCCUGCAAAGGUGUCUUCGUAUGUGACUCUACGGGGUCGUUCCGCUUCGAAUCGGCAGAUAAUGGCUGGAUGAUUCAGAGUGUGGACAAGAAGAAGACGCCGGAUUUGGACACAUUCAUCGAGGUCAUGAAGGGAAUUCCUGACAGGAAACGCGUGGUUGUUACUUACAAACAUCUUCGCGACCUUCAUACUCUCAACACUACCAUCAUCAAUGUCGAUCGGCAUUGGUCCACCAAGAUGCGCCUUGCAACCCGAAACGACGUUACGGGCCUGUGGGAUUUCCAAGACCUCGCAGACGCCAUACCCGCAGUGCCCCCAGUCCGUCGGAAAGGCAAGUACAUCCAAUUGGAGCACACCUCGCAUCCUGCCGUGGCCGACCUUGUACGCAGCUUCGUCCACGUCAACUGCACGAUGCCCAUGAAGCUAGACGGCUUCCCGCGCAACCGUAAGUGGGGCAUGGGAGUAGUCAUCGACGCCGAGAAGGGACUUGUCAUCAUCUCCCGUGCCAUCGUUCCCUACGACCUGUGCGAUAUCUGGAUAACCAUUGCGGACUCCAUUGUGGUAGAAGGCAAGGUUGUCUUCCUACACCCCCUGCAAAACUACGCUAUCAUCAAAUACGACCCGGAACUGGUCGAUGCUCCUGUCCAGAGCGCACGACUCAGCACCGAGAGUCUUACACAAGGUGCCCCAACGACUUUCCUUGGCUACAACAGGAGCGGCAAAGUGGUUCACGCUGCCACCACAGUCACCGAGAUCACAGCCGUUGCUAUACCUGCCAACUCCGGAGCGCCGAGAUACCGCGCCACGAACGUUGAUGCCAUUACCGUCGACACCAACCUCAGCGGACAGUGUGGAAGCGGUGUUCUCGUCGAUAAGGCCGGCACUGUGCAGGCGCUGUGGCUCACCUAUCUCGGCGAGAGGUCGGCCCACAGUUCUCGAGACGAGGAGUACCAUCUUGGUCUCGCAACGCCAACUUUACUCCCCGUCCUAUCGCAGAUCCAGCAAGGCAAGAACCCAAAACUGAGGAUCUUGUCUAUGGAAUUCCGAGCCAUCCACAUGUCACAGGCCCGGGUUAUGGGUGUGUCAGAAGAAUGGAUGGACAAGGUGUCGCAUGUCAACAAACAUGCCCACCAGCUCUUCAUGGUGUCCAAGCGCACAUUUGAGCGCGGGAACGAGCCCCAGGUAUUGGAGGAAGGUGAUGUCAUCAUCUCAAUGAACGGGAAGAUGAUUACUCGUGUCUCUGAGUUGGACAUCAUGUACUCCCACGAUGUUCUCGAUGUCGUCAUCGUCCGAGAUGGCGAGGAAAUGAGCGUGAAGGUUCCUACAGUAUCAGCCGACGACGUCGAGACCGACCAUGCCGUAUCGUUCUGUGGCGCAAUCCUGCACGCCCCUCACCAUGCUGUUCGUCAACAGAUCAGCAAGCUGCACAGCGAGGUCUACGUGUCCGCCCGGACUCGGGGUUCUCCAGCAUACCAAUAUGGCCUCGCCCCAACCAACUUCAUCACGCACGUCAAUGGGAAGAAGACUCACGACCUCAAGGCAUUCCUUGAGGCAGUCACCAAGAUUCCCGACAAUACUUAUUUCCGUCUCAAGGCCAUGACCUUUGACAACGUGCCGUGGGUCAUCACCAUGAAGAAGAACGAGCACUACUUCCCCACCGUGGAGUGGAUCAAGGACGGCUCCGAGGCGUGCGGCUGGAGGCGCGUGACGUACGAGGACAACGGCAAGGCCCACGACGGCGAGCCCUCGGAGGGCCUGCCCGUCGGCUCCGAGGAUACCGGCGACAUGGAGGAGGUUCUGGUCUGA